AUGGCGCUGUUUUCUGCAGCGGCAAUAGGAGACGUCCAGAAGAUACAAUCAUUAAUCGACUCAGAAGACAAGUCCGAGGAUUCGAGAGGAGUUGAUGUAAACUGCUCGGAUGCAUCUGGCAAGACACCCCUUCACAUUGCUUCGGCAAACGGACAUUUGCAAACGGUUAAAUGCCUAACCAAUCAUGGAGCAAAGGUGAAUGUAAUCGAUGCUAACCUACAGACAUCGGUUCAUUUAUGUUCAAAGAAAGGCCAUCUUCAUGUGGUAGAGCUGUUAGUGAACGAAGGAGCAGAUAUUAAAAUUGGCGACAAAGAUGGGUUUACAGCUCUUCACAUAGCAUCAUUCGAGGGUCAUGUUGACAUUGUCAAAUACCUUGUUAGUAAAGGGGCAGAGCUGGAGAGACUUGCUAAUGAUUAUUGGACACCUCUACACCUUGCAUUAAAUGGUGGCCAUCUUGACCUUGCAGAGUACCUUUUGACAGAAGGAGCCAACAUUAACUCGUGUGGUGAAGGUGGAUGUACAGCUCUACAUGCUGCAUCACAAACUGGUAAUAUUGAUGGAGUGAAAUAUCUAACUAGUCAAGGAGCAGAGCAAGAUAAGAUCACUGAGGAUGGUUGGACCGCGCUUAGUCUGGCUUCAUUUAGGGGACACCUUGACAUUGUCAAAGUUCUCGUUAACGAAGGGGUAGAGGUUGACAAAGCACUCAGGAACGGGAUGACACCAUUGUGUCUUGCAACAGAAAAAGGCCAUUUGGGUAUUGUCGAAGUCUUACUGAACGUAGGAGCAAAUAUUGAUGACUGUAACCGAGACGGGCUAACAGCACUCCACAUUGCAGCGUCCAAUGGACACGUUGAAAUAGUGCAUCAUCUCAUUAGCAAAGGGGCACAUCUUGACAAAUGUGACAAAACCGAAAGGACACCCUUGUUUUGUGCUUCUCAAAAAGGCCAUAUUGAAAUCGUCGAGUAUAUCGUGAACAAAGGAGCAGGCCUUGAAAUUGGUAAUAAAGAUGGGUUUACAGCUCUUCACAGUGCAUCCCUCAAGGGUCAUCUUGAUAUUGUCAAAUACCUCGUUAGCAAAGGGUCAGACUUGGGGAGACUUGCUAAUGAUUACUGGACACCUCUACAUCUUGCCUUAGACGGUGGCCGUCUUGACAUUGCAGAGUACCUUUUGACAGAAGGAGCCAACAUUAACACGUGUGGUAAACGUGGAUAUACAGCUCUGCAUACUGCAUCACAAACUGGUAAUAUUGAUGGAGUAAAAUAUCUAACCAGUCAAGGAGCAGAGCUGGAUAGGAGCACUGACGAUGGUUGGACCGCGCUUAGUUUGGCUUCAUUCGGGGGACACCUUGAUAUUGUAAAAGUUUUCGUUAACGAAGGGGUGGAGGUUGACAAAGCACUCAAGAACGGGACAUCACCCUUGAGUCUUGCAACAGAAAGAGGUCAUCUGGGUAUUGUCGAGGUCUUACUGAACGUAGGAUCAAAUAUUGAUAGCUGUAAUCAAGAUGGGGGUACAGCUCUUCACAACGCAUCAUUCAAGGGUCAUCUUGAUAUUGUCAAAUGCCUUCUUAGGAAAGGGGCACAGCUUGACAAAUGUAACAAUAACGACAGGACACCCUUGUCUUAUGCAUCUCAAGAAGGACAUCUUGAAGUCGUCGAGUAUAUCAGAAGCAACAAAGAUCGUUAA